AAAGUCAUUUUUUUUCUCAGUGUUGUAAAGUUUGUAGACACAUAAACUGCCUUGAUUUUUCUCAGAAAGCAAGGAGGACAAAAGGAGUCCUUGCGAGGAAGGGGAGGAGGGAGCAACCUGAAGGAACAUCUGGGGAAGUUCCUUAGACCACUCCCACAGGCGCAUUUCUCUACACAGAAGCGAAUACCUGCUGAGGAGCCAAAUCCGUGCGCUAAAACAUAGAAUAACAGCUUUAAAUCAUCAACAUCGUGUUAGUUACAUUUAUCCAGGAGACAUGUUUGAAGUAGUUGUGGAUUUUUACAUUUGAAGAAAAUUCUUCCAGCUGAAAGAGAAGAGUUCCAGAUACUUCAGAGAUAUUUGAUCAGCAGCCCAGAAGAUGGACUGGAAGACUUUCCAAGCUCUCCUCAGUGGGGUCAAUAAAUACUCCACUGCGUUUGGGCGGCUGUGGCUGUCAGUGGUGUUCGUCUUCAGGGUGAUGGUGUAUGUGGUGGCAGCGGAGCGGGUGUGGGGCGAUGAUCAGAAGGACUUUGACUGCAACACCAAGCAGCCCGGCUGUGCCAACGUCUGCUACGACCACUUCUUCCCCAUCUCCCACAUUCGCCUGUGGGCCCUGCAGCUCAUCUUUGUGACCUGCCCCUCCUUCAUGGUGGUCAUGCAUGUGGCGUAUCGGAAUGACCGGGAACGUAAGCACAAGGCCAAGUUUGGCGAGGAAAGCAAGCUCUACAAUAACACGGGGAAGAAACAUGGCGGCCUGUGGUGGACGUACUUAAUCAGCCUCUUUGUUAAGACGGGCAUUGAGAUUGGCUUCCUUUACAUCCUCCACCACAUCUACGACAGCUUCGACCUGCCGAGACUGGUCAAGUGCGAGGUUUCACCUUGUCCCAACGUGGUGGACUGUUACAUAGGACACCCCACGGAAAAGAAGGUCUUCACAUACUUCAUGGUGGGAGCAUCAGCCCUCUGCGUUGUUCUCAACAUCUGCGAGAUUAUCUAUCUCAUCGCCAAGCGCAUCGCGAGACUCGGACACAAGAUCAAAAAGCACCGUCGCCAUGUGGCCAUCUACUGCGACCAUUACAACAAUGACCUCAUGGGGAAGAGCAAUCUGCAGAUUUCAAAGGAAGAGCAGAAGGAUGAGAAAGACUUGCCUCCAUCCUUCAAUGGUCUCUUUCCACCGAGAAACCUCGCGCUUGAAAAGAAGAUCCGAGCCUCUGCUCCCAAUUUGUCUUUGGCUUUGUAAUUGUAACUAACACCAGUCCAAAGAGCAGAUGGGCAGUAUUUGGAUUUAAUCCUCCCCAAAAAAAGAGAUUCAGUCACGAGCCAAACUGCAGCACAACUCUGGAAGUUAAGUCAUCAGGACUGAAUCCUUCACUUCUGACUGAAAGAAUCGUUUCAACUAGGGUUCCAAAUCCACUUCCACAACAUUCGCAGAUCUGCUCUAAAAACUCGUAUUUAUUGGUCGGCCAUGAACUUUUUUCACUUGAACUUGAACACCUCUUGACUUCUGCCCCACAGAAUAUUCCAGUUGCUGUUGUUUCAGUCUUUUUUUGUGAUUGGAGUUUAUAAGGGAGGGGAAACAGAAAAAAACAGUCACUCAGGGUUGGAGGACACACCUGGCAGAGGUAUUCGCUGUUCUUUGGCUGUCUCCGCAGUGACACAUCACAACCCUUAGAGUUCUUAAGGGUUUGGCUAGUUCUUCUCAGCUGGUAUUUAAUUGUUGUUCCCAUCAAAACUUUAUGAUUUGAUGUUGCCGGACUUGACUGAGGAGAUGAAACCGAUGGGAGUGUGGAUGCUCCGGAUAGUCAGUUUGCUGUAAAACUGCAAUACUUGAAGAAAGUUAAAUAAUUGCAAAAAAAAAAAAAGUUAAAUUGCAUUUCUUGCUCCUUUAACAGUGUCAUCCUGCAGGCAUGUUGCAGAGGUCUCAGGUCUUUAUAGCUGUAUGCUGUGCAACAUUUUUUGUGCUUGUACGAAGUUUCUUUUUAUGUAAAUCCUUCAAAACCUGUCUUUAAAUGUGGUGUUGGAGCGCAGCACAGACAAGUGUGUUGCUAAACUAUUGUGAUACAUUGUGACUUCUUGCUCACACAGGUGGGAUACCUAUUUUGCAACUCUUUGUAUAAAAUUGUACAAAAUUACAAUUAAAGUGAAUCCGCACAUUUGUGAAACAGUU